UAUAGAGAUGCUAAGAUGCGUCAGUCACACCUUCCACAAGCUUCAGUGUGCUUUAGCAAACUUUUAAGAGCUCUAUUUACUUCGAAGCGACGCUUUGUACGUCUCACAACUCGCACUCUGUUUCUAGGGUUUUACAUUUCUACUUUCCUCUUCGAGAAAGCAAAGAUGAGCCGUCAUCCUGAAGUGAAGUGGGCCCAAAGGGUGGACAAGGUUUUUGUCACGGUGCUUUUGUCAGAUGCAAAGGAUGCAAAGGUCAAUCUUGAGCCAGAUGGGGUUUUCACAUUCUCAGCUAGUGCUGGAGCAGAGAACCACCUUUAUGAACUGAAGUUGGACCUUUAUGAUAAGGUUAAUGUAGAGGAAAGCAAAAUAAAUAUAGGUAUGAGGAAUAUAUUCUGUGUUUUGGAGAAGGCAGAGCAGAAAUGGUGGAAGAAACUAUUGCGUGGAGAUGAUAAGGCACCACACUACUUGAAAGUAGAUUGGGACAAAUGGGCGGAUGAAGAUGAUGAUACUGGUCCUGCUGAUUUGGAUUUAGGUGGAAUGGAUUUCUCGAAAUUUGGUGACAUGGGCGGCAUGGGAGGCAUGGGCGGCUUGGGAGGCAUGGGUGGCAUGGGCGGCUUGGGAGGCAUGGGUGGCAUGGGCGGCAUGGGCGGCAUGGAAGGCUUGGGAGGCAUGGGCGGCUUGGGAGGCAUGGGCGGCAUGGGAGGCUUGGGAGGCAUGGGAGGCAUGGGCGGCAUGGGUGAUGAUUUCGAUGAUAGUGAUGAUGAAGAUCAAGAAGUGUCAAAGCCGGAAGAGCAAGACAUUAACAAGGCAGGAGAGGAAGCAAAGCCAGAACAUGUGGGAGGAGCUCCAGAAGGAAAAGCUGAAGCUGCACCAAGCUCAUGAAAUGUCAGUCUAAAUGAUAGUGCAGUAUAACAUGGCUUUGCUAGUGGGUUAGGUUUCUUCACCUUGUGACCGGGAUGAAAGAAUGAAAUUUUCUAACGGAGUGAGUGUUGAUUUCGCCCAAACUAAUGUUCACAACCAUUGGGGUUCUGGUCUUGAGAGGCUGCCUCUUUUUCCAUAUGUUAACCUAAAUUUGGAUGUUGUAUUAUUUGCUAUUGGUUUCAUGGAUUGAUAAAUCUGAUAGGACGUAGCGUGUUCCGACUUCAUAUAUCUUUGGUUUAUGUGAGCUUUCCAAGUUUUCUGUUUUUCUGCUA